AUGAAGCUCUUGGUCAUAUCGGCUGUGCUGGUUGCUACGACAUCUGCAGCCCUUCAGGGCUACGGUUUGCCCUCUCCUUCAGGACCGGUGGGUGGCAAUGGACAUUCACCAGCAGGAACCGUUCAUUCUACGGGAGCUGUCCUGUCGUCGAAUGCUGGUCAUUCUACAGCCGCGUCUUCAGUUAGCGGCAGCCUAGCUGGUGCUAAUCACGGUUUUAAUUCUGCGGAGGCUGGACAGACAAUAACUGGUGUGCACUCGGCUUCUGGCAACGAAUUUACAUCCUCUGGUACUGGUAAUCAGGGAUCCGCCUCUCUUACCACUGGUCUCGGAGUCUCAAAUGCAGGACUGAAUUUUGGAAUAUCUCCAAGUGGUGAGUCCUUCGAGACUCCAUGCAAAGAGGGAGAGGUCCGACACGUGGAUGGUUCAUGCAUUGUUCCGAAGAUUACAAGAAAAGUCUACGUCGUGUCUGUACCCAAGCAAACUCCACAGCCAAGUGACUCACUCCCAGACCUUCCUCCACCUAGGGUUGAUCAUAACAUCCUCUUUGUACGUCUUCCCGAAGGAGGUGUUGGACCUGAUCCUAUCAUUGUGCCACCACCAAGACAGGACAACAUUGUCUACGUCCUCAGCAAGAGGAACCAAAACGGACAACGUGUCAUUGAAGUACCAGCUCCUCCUCCGUCGGAACCCGAGAUUUAUUUCGUCAACUACGAUGAUGGAGAAAACCCAACCCUCCCCGGUGGUUUGGAUCUCGAAACCGCUCUUGGUUCAGCAGUUGAAGCCAAUGGACAGGUUUUCACUGAUGAUACUGGUAACAAUAUUGUUGAUGCAGGAUUCAGUAGUAUAGGCAGUAUCGGAAAUGUAGCCGAGAGUGGUGUAGGUAACUUAAUCAGUGUUAAUGCUGGAGUCUCUGGUUCAGUUUCUCAUGGUUCCCAGAAUGCAGGCAAUGCUAUCCCUUCCUCUUCGUCAAUCACAGUCAAUACGCCAUCUAGCAUAUCCGUAAGUGGGUCAUUCCAGUCUGGUGGUGUAUCUCAGGAUUCCCAAGGUGGUUUAAUUACACCUGUUAACACGUAUACUCCUACACCAACACAAUCCAGUUCUUUCGCAGCUGGAAACACUGGACUCCAAUCCGGAGGUGUCUCUCAAGGUUCACAAUUCACAGGAACCACAACUGGUAAUAUUCCACUCUCUGUAAGGCCCACACCAUCUGGCUUGUAUGUAACCCCUUAA